AUGCACAUGACGCUUCCUCGAUUCCACCCUGCCAAUUUUGGCCAUCUCGACUCACCAGCCACCCCGUCUUCCACGGUGCAGAGUCCAGCCAUCACCUUGAAUCGGGUAACGCAGCCCGUCGUGCUCGAGUCCCCGAGGUUGAUGCGUGACAAGCAACGCGAAUUCAUUGAAAGGACCACGCUGUCGGCCAAGAUUGCAGCCUCUUCGAUGGGGGUUAAACCUGGUGCGCCACGCUUGGAUCCCUUGGGCAGCCCCAAGGGUCCUGUCACGCCCCUGGCUCUGGAGGAAGGCGACGACUACUUCCAAGUCGCUGGAGCAGGCAAAGUAUCCCCGGCCGGAAGCCCAGGUCCGGGAAGAAGUCCACGCAGUGAUGUCUCAUCAGACAAGGAGGAGUCGAAGAACAAGAAAAUCAGACAAGCCGACGUCUAUCAAUAA